AUGUCGUCUGUGUAUGAUUACAAGAUCAUCUCAGAUCACUCUCCCGGUACUUACUGGGCGCACCCUCAUCAUCACGGAUCCAACGUCAUGCAAGCAGGUGCAGGGGCUGCUUCGGUGCUGCUAGUGCAGGACCCAGCAGGCUUCCUCUCGCCUCAGCUGGAGGAGAUGGCAGAUCACAGCCUGAUGUUGCAGAAUUUGCCACUACCUCUGCUCACGACAGCCGCGAAGGCCUCCGGCGACGAGCUCUUUCAGAGUUUUCCUAACCAAGACUUGUGGUUGGUGAACGGAGGGGUGCAGCCUGUUCUGACAGUGGCCUCGACAAAGUGGCAUCGCUUGCGUUUGGUCAUGGCCGGCGUGUCGAAUUGGCUGUUCCUGGAUUUUGGAAGCUGUGAAGUCGCCUUGCUUGCCAAAGACGGCAUUUACAUUGACGACUUCCCACGGUGGAUAUCUCGUGUUUCUUUGCCUCCCGGAGGACGUGCCGAUCUGGUCUGCCGAUGUAGUCCCGGCAAUCAUACCAUAGCUUCUCUGGCCAGCCCAGGGAAUGGAGUGAAGUCUUAUAUCGGGCCCCUCUUCUCCAUCCGAUCACUUUCAGCCGAAGGCUCUGCAGAGGACCUGGCACCCUGGCGCCCCCGCAGCCGACCGACGUACUUGCAGGACUUGCGUGGUGACCUGACCACGCCGGACUGUGCCUGUAAGACUCCGAUGGGACAAGGGGCUCACACGCGGUGGAUUGAUGGCCACCUAUUUGAGGGUGCCAAAAAGUAUUUGCAUCAGUGGCCCCGCGACGCAGUGGUGGAACGGGAGAUUUCGGGAGUUGACAAGCACAGCUUUCAUCAGCACACAUGGCCGUUUCAACUUCAAGGCACUCCCGCUGGCAAUGACCCCUACUUCAAGGCAGGCGAUUGGCACGACACUUACCAGAACGUGCUCGAUGACAAGGCGUCCGUUCGAUUCAGCACCGUCGACUUUGCCGGUCCAGAAGUGGUGCACUGCCACGCACUGGCUCAUUCGGACCAAGGCAUGAUUGGCGCCGAGAUUGUGUCAGGUUACGGCCGUGAGGCCUGUCACUGUGAUCUCCUUGGAGAGGCGAAGCCUGUUAGCCUCGUUGCUGAUGAACGCAGCCAGAGCCUGCUUCUGGUGGCCGGGCUGCUCUUUGUGACCAUGUUUGUGCUGUUAGCGGCGAUGUUUCGGCAGGCUUUGGCUUUUGCACCCGCUGGGACCUUGUACACAGUGUCGGAGCAGGGUGACACCCAUGCUGGCCACUGUGCUGAUGGACUGGAGUGGCGCACCGAUGAAGGUGAGCUGCAAGUGAGGGGGGAGGGCAUUUUCAAAGCUUACUAUGGACGUUCUCGAAGUACCGGCGAGGCCUUCAGCGAGGACGGCUUUUUCUGCAAGACUGGGCAUCGAGCUCUGAACAUCGAGGCUGACGUCUUGCUGCCGCUACCCUCGCAGAGCAACGGAGAGGAGAAGGAGAUGUUGCAGCUUUUUUCAACCGCGCCGAACCAGGGCUCGGAAGGGUUCGGCCAGAUGCGUGCCGACUGGAAAAUCAAGAAAGUUCCAUUGAAAAGAUAUCCGCUGUGGGUUACAAAUUGGGGCGCCGUCCUUGCUACGAAGAAGCACAAUCCUGGCAAGAAGGUUUACCGUAGCAAGUACUACAAGUGA